AUGUUUCUCCACGCCGGAGCGAGCAUGCAUGGCCACGAAUUCUCCAACCGUCGGCCCUCACCAAGCCCCCUAGCAAACAACCGACGGUCCCCGCUGCUGCGAGCUGCCUUUCAGCCUUCAAAUCCCCGGGCCAGCCUGCAACUAGAGACACAGCAGCAGCCUCCUCCACGUCUCCGCCAGCGCCCGUUGUCCGAAGCUCUACCUAGAGGGUACUCCGAGCCGGCCGUCCGCUUCCGGGAACCAGAGGUCGACGCCACCUUGGCCGAACCCUCGAUGAGCGAGGACGAGUCGGUGCAGUCCGCUUCAGACGCCAGCUAUCUGAGCGACACCACCGCCAACACUGCGAACACGCAACGCAAGAAGAAACGCACGCGGGCUCCGCGCAAGAGCACCGACUUCUUGUUUGCCCACCCGGCUCCCAACUUCCGUUCCAAAAAGCCGAUCCUACGCCACAUUCGACCGUCGCUCCUGCUGCAGCUGCAGCAGCUCUCCCUGGAAAGGCGGCCGAGGCCGGCCAUCGACGUCUUUCCGUCGACGUUGAUCGCUGGCAAUGUAGUCGCCCCCCGCUUCUGGAAGAAGUGUCCCAGGCUGUUCGGCGUCAAGGGAGAACUGGGUGUGCACGACAUCAUCCUCGUCAGGAGCGAAGAGUAUGAUUCCGGCCAGGAAGACACCGAUAGCGACCAUGACGAGGAGCGUCUAUCCCAGCGGGAGCUCAUUGCCGUCCUCAGCCCUAUCAAGAGGGAAGACCGUGCCGAGAUUGUGUUUGCGAACGGGGCAGUGUGGGUGGCGAAGCCUUUGCCUUCCGGCUCCUAUGACUUCGUCCAUACCGACAAGAAUGGGCUCGCCACCACUGUCAGAUGGGCCCGGAGGGCUGCCAAGCAAUUCAAGAGCACCCCGAGCUGGGAUUCGACCGCGUCGGCGACACUCCCGGCCAAGGCCUCGGACCUCCCGGAGCCUCGCUUUACGUUCAGCGUCAUCGAUCCGCAAUCCAGGCGACAUCCCAUCAUGGCCACCUUGGUAUCAAACAAACUCGAGAUCCUCGAUUCGUACACGACUGUAUCGCAGUCAUCUUCCCGCUAUCCUCCCUCGAGGUCGAUGGGUCGGUCGCUCACUACGCCGGCCACCGGCGUCCUUCCUCGCACCCCUUCUCCAACAACCUCUGACAACCAUUCUCGCUUUGACGAGCUGAACUCGACCCUAGCAAACUCACUCCCUCCGUCGAACCAAAGAACAACACAUCCUAUCAGCGAGGAAAUGAAAAGCCUCAUCUCAGUCACAGCAAUAUGGGUGGCUCUGAAACAAGGGUGGGCGCCUAGGUAUAAGUACCCAUCGCCGAGCUCAGACGCCGCCCCCGGCAACAUGCCUUCGGCGACUGGUACUCCUAGUCGGUCGUCUUUGACGGUGUCCAGACACCCCGGCACGAAACGAGAAGACAGCUUUAGCACAGAGAGUCGGCAGUCAUCGAGCCACGACGAUCGGUCCAACAUCAGCGAUCUCGCUCCGAGCUCGGGCGGCCACACUCUGUCUUUCAAGAGAGGGCGGCCUCGUCCGGUGUCUCUCAGUCUCAAACCCUGCACUAGAUCGCGGGAUACUUCCCCGGCGUCUUCGGUCGCAAGCCCGAGCAGCAAGAGGACUCUGCCUAAGAGGACCACCAGCACCGGGGCAGCAUUCAUGCAGCGGCGCGUAAAGUCGCAGAUCUCGGAGGCAAACGAUACAGAACGAGCCACGCGCGGGUCCAAGAGCCGAGGCCGCAAGGCCGCAAACGGCGACCACGGAACGCAGGUGCGGGACACCGCCCAGGGUCAUCAGCUCGGCGUGCCAUUGCACCUGAACAGCUCGGGCUCCUUUAUCAGCGAGGAGGCAGCGAUUGGGCCCUUGCAAGUCGACCGAGAUCUGUCCUCUUCUGCAUCGCCGUCGGCUGUCGAUGUUGUCGCAGAUCCGUCACCGUACCCGGAUUAUCACGCGAAUUACACGAUUCAUAUGACCUCGUCCGACCACGACGCGGCUCUCGAACUCGGAUCUGUCGACGGGGCCCACCGGCCCAUGCGCGCCGCCGUGGAUGGUCCCGGACACCACGAUGACAAAGGGGCCAGAUGGAGGAAACUCGGCAACUGGUUCAGGAGAUUUGGGCACUAG